AUGUCCGGUAAUGCACAGUCCGUUAACGACUUCUUAACGGGGGAUAAUGGACGACAACAAGACGGUGAACAAGAUUUCGAUUAUGAAAGACAAGGGUAUGCAGGCAACGAUAACCACGAGCAACAGCCAACCCCUCAGUAUAUCCCACAAUAUUCGAUGCAACACGCUUUCCCGAUGCAUGAGGUUGUGCCAAAUACGUUCAGCGUUGGACAAAAAACUGGUGAUCCAACAGUAGAAAUGAAUAAGAAGAGGAAUUCGGAACAGCAGAAUAUGCCGCUGGCACCGGAGAUGUGUGCGGUGACUGCAAAUGUGCUGAAUGUAGACGAUCUGGUAAAUCAAGAGAACGUUGCAGGCAAAAUGUCCCAUAAUGAUAUGCCGGACGCAGCUGGAAAUGGCGGUGAUGAUAUCGGGAUGCCUCAAAGUGUUCCAAUGAUGGUUAAACCUAAGGCAAUGUAUCAAAAUCCACAGACUCCAACUGUGUUGCCUUCCACUUAUCAUCCUAUUAACAAAUGGUCCGAAGUGAAACAUUCUUAUUUGAGGGAAUUCUUGGCUGAGUUCAUGGGCACAAUGGUUUUGAUCAUUUUUGGUGAUGCUGUAGGUGUCCAGGUAGGUAUAGGUGCAGUACAACAACAGAAUGCAUUUAACUCCGCUAUACAAGCUUUGAUUUCGGAUGGCUCGAUGACUGAAAAUGAAGGUAAACAAUUCAAGACUUUGGAAAAUUUGGUUUCAUCCACAGGUGCUGGUACUUUCGAUGAUAUUCCGCUAGCUUGGGCUGCUGCCGUUGUAAUGGGUUAUUUUGCCGCUGGUGGCAGUGCCAUUUCAGGUGCUCAUUUAAAUCCUUCUGUGACGGUGGCGAAUUGGUUCUUUAGAGGUUUCCCAAAGGAAAAAGUUUUCAUUUAUAUCGCUGGUCAAGUGUUGGGUGGUUUUAUUGGUGCAUUGAUCGUUUACGCAUACUAUAAGAAGGUUAUCUCCGUAAACAUUCCAAACUAUUUCGAGGAACAAUCAGUUGCAAACUAUUUCUGUACAUUCCCAAAAGAGUAUUUAUCUAGUUCGAGACAAUUCGUCUCAGAAUUCAUUACCACUGCUAUGUUCAUUGCUGGUAUUUUCUCAUUGACAGAUCCAUAUACCUGUUUAUCAUCAGAUUUAUUCCCUCUUAUGUUGUUUAUUCUAAUUUUUGUUUUAAAUGCUGCCAUGAGUUUCCAAACUGGUGCUGCUAUCAAUCUGGCAAGAGAUUUGGGCCCAAGAUUAGCAUUGUACGCUGUUGGUUUCUCAAGAGAAGUUUUAUGGAUCAAUAAUCAUCAUUAUUUCUGGGUGCCAAUGGUUGCUCCAUUGAUCGGUAGUCUGAUGGGUGGUGUAGUUUACGAUGUGUGUGUUUACCAAGGUCAUGAAUCUCCAGUUAAUUGGCCAUUAAGUGUUUACAAGGAGAUGUUCUUCAGGGCAUGGCACAGAAGACCUGGUUGGAAGAAGAGAAGUAGAGGUAGAGCCACUUCUGAUUUAAGUGACUUCUCUUAUAAGUCAGAUGAUGAUUUAGCAUCCAACGAAGAAAAGAAACCAGAAAAGAAAGAGAAAUUGGGAAGAACAAGAACAGCUUCCAACGGUUCUAGCAUUGAUGGCGAACCAAAGCAAAAGUCUGUCCAAUUCAAGUCUGUUCAAAGAGGUAGAGGUACAGCAAAUGGUGUUCCAACUAUUUUAGAAGAAGAAGACUCGAUUGAAACAGCUUCAUUAGGUGACUCCCAUUCAUCCAUGCAACUUUCAGAUAGCAAUUCCUUAAAUACCGUUAAAGAAGAUUCUCUUGAUGAAAAAUACUAA